AGAAGAAGCAUGCUAGCUCCUCUCAAUGGAAACUGAAAGCACUCUCGGGCUGUGGACGAAGGUUGGCACCUGCAUGUUACCCUACUCUCACAGCAUGUCUCUGUGGAUUAUAACUAAGGCAACUUUGACUGUCCCUGAUCUGAGCCAGAAGCACAGCAGCCGGGGGUGGGGGGCACCGUUCACACAUACAGAGCCGUGAGGAGGACUGCUUCAGCUGGGCAGGAACGAAGAAGAAGAACAACAAGAAGAACAAGAAUCGAGAAGAAGCGGGAAGACACAGCUGAAGAUGGCUGGCUUUCUGGAUAACCUCCGCUGGCCAGAGUGCGAAUGCAUCGACUGGGGGGAGAGGAGGAACGCCGUGGCUUCUGUUGCCUCUGGAGUUCUGUUCUUCACAGGCUGGUGGAUCAUGAUUGACGCAGCAGUGACGUAUCCAUCCCAGGAGCAGAUGGAGCACGCGUUCCACACAUGCGGGGUCUUCUCCACCAUAGCAUUCUUCAUGAUAAAUGCAGUUUCUAACGGCCAAGUGAGAGGAGACACGUAUGUAGAGGGCUGCCUGGGCCGGACAGGAGCUCGUCUCUGGCUCUUCAUCGGCUUCAUGAUGAUGUUCGGCUCGCUCAUCGCCUCCAUCUGGAUCCUGUUUGGGGGCUACGUGGUGCCAAAGAAGGAGGUGGCGCCAGGGCUGGCUGUGUUCUUUCAGAAUGCCUUCAUCUUUUUUAGCACGCUCAUCUACAAGUUCGGCCGGACUGAAGAUUUAUGGGGUUAGAGGCUCUCUCUCUCUCUCUCUCUCUUUCUCUCUCUCUCUUUCUCUCUCUCUCACACGGACACUAUUGUUUCUAGAUUCUUUCCAUGUCUUUGCUGUCAUGAUAAUAUUUCUGUCAUUAGUUAGAUGGCUUUGCACAAUUCUCGUUCUGUUGAAACUGUCUGUGCUGUUUUUAAGAAAUCCAUUCUUACUUUUUGAUUCAAAAUGUUUGUAUUCUAAACGAGGGAGAUGCUGUUCCGACUUGCACUGAGGAUUCAGGUGAUUUUAAUGUGUUUGUAUCUCAGAUGAUUCUCAUCCCUUCAGCUGAUGAUUGCAGGUUCACUCACUGUCAAUCAGAAAGGGAACACAGUGUAGCGUUAUUGUGAGCUAAUUACUUUAUAUAAAUGCAUUCUGGGUAAAAGGGUCAACACAAAGCCCUUUCUGCUGACUCUACUGGAGAGCAUCAUACUGUAUGUGAGGGUAUACAUGCACUGGAUUAUUAUGUUUUUAAAAGGUAAAGGUUUCCUUGUCAUCAGCUGCUUUAUGUUGGACUCAUGAUUAUUUAUUCUGCCUCAGGAGGACGUGUCUUUUUGCAUAGUCUGUGUAGUUUCUACAACAUAAUGUCAUGUAAAGUGAGGCGUAAGUAUUCGGAUUUCUUUCAAGAAUACAACGGAUCUUGUGCAGCUGUUUAUCAGAUUGAUGUAGUAUUAGCAGUUUUAAAAGACACUACUUGUUCUCAUAGAGAUGUGCAUCAGACCACUUUGUUAUGUAAUAGAACACACUUUGACUCAAACGCUCUGACUUGCAUGGAGUUCAAAUAAAAUGUUAAAAACUG